AGAGAGAGAGAGAAGGAAAGAAAGAGGUGUUGCUUUUUAACCAGUGGUGUUUGCACAAUAAGGAAGGCACAGAAAGUGUGCUGAAUUUCUGCUCAGGAAAAAAAAGGAAGAAAGAACGAGAGAAAAAGAAGGAUAGGUCUGGAAACUGACAAAGAUUUCAGGCUCUUUAAGGAAACAAAGGAGGAGAUCGUACAGUGUCAGGGCAGGACGUGGUAGAAGGAGGGAAGAAAAGAAAAGAGGAGGAGAGAAGAGAGAAGAAAGUUUUCUUCGUCAAAGAGCAGAAGCGUAGCCGGUCUCUCUGGGCUGGACUGGAUGAAAGCAGGCAUCUGGACGCUCGGGUAGAUGUGAUCACCUUCACCAUGCGGAGUGAUCCUAUUCUGUUCGCCUCCAGGGCGAUGGAGGAGCUGGUGGCGGAGCUGAGGAUCUUCUUGGAGCUGUUGGACCGAGAGUAUUUGAGCGCCGCAGUGCGAGAGAAGAAAGUGCAGAUCUCCAACAUUCUACACAGAGUCCUGUCUGCUAAAGAGUCUUCCUACAAGGUCGAGUUCAACAGCUCUCUUCCUGCCCCACCUCAGAUGCCCCUCCCUGAGAUCCCACAUCCAUGGCUGCCUCCUGAUAACGGACCACCUCCUUUACCCAGUUCCUCUCUUCCUGAGGGCUACUAUGAGGAAGCAGUGCCUCUGGGUCCUGGGAAAGCCCCGGAAUACAUCACCUCCCAGUACGACUCAGAUGCCAUGAGCAGCUCUUACGAGUCGUAUGAUGAGGAAGAGGAGGAUGGGAAAGGACAGAAGAUGCGCCAUCAGUGGCCCUCGGAGGAGGCGUCUAUGGACUUAGUGAAGGACGCUCGCAUCUGUGCUUUUCUUCUGCGCAAGAAACGCUUUGGACAGUGGACCAAACUGCUGUGUGUCAUCAAGGACAACAAACUCCUCUGCUAUAAGUCAUCUAAAGACCAGACUCCUCAGAUGGAGCUCCUCCUGUCCGGCUGCAGUGUCACUCACAUCCCCAAAGACAGCAAGAAGAAGAAACAUGAGCUGAAGAUUGUCCACCAGGGGGCAGACGCUCUGGUGCUCGCGGUUCACAGUAAAGAGCAGGCUGAAGAAUGGCUGAAGGUGAUGAGAGAGGUGUGUGCUAACGGGAACGGAGCAGUGGACUCUGAUGGAGCCGUGUCCGGAUCUAACAAAGCCGAGCUGGAGAAGAAGUUGUCCUGUGACAGACCGAGUUCUGAUGGAGAGCCCAGUCAUGAAAACGGAAUCUCGGAUGGAAAAGAGACAGAUAAACCACUCGCCAUCGUUACAUCUAAAGGAAAGAAGAACUCUAAGACUGAACAGAAAGGCACGGUGGGGAAGGUGGCAGGGAAGAAAAUCACUAAGAUCAUCAGCCUCGGGAAGAAGAAACCGUCCACGGACGAACAGACCUCGUCUGCAGAGGAGGACGUCCCGACCAGCGGAUAUCUGAACGUGCUGUCCAACAACCGCUGGAGAGAGCGCUGGUGUCGGCUGAAGGAUAACCAGCUGUUGCUGCAUAAGGACCGGGAGGAUCUGAAGACCCACAUGGCCUCGCUGCCCCUGCGUGGGUGUGAGGUCAUCCCUGGGCUGGACUCCAAACACCCGUUUGCUUUUAGACUGCUGAGGAAUGGACAGGAAGUGGCUGUGUUGGAGGCCUCAUCCUCUGAGAGAAUGGGUCGAUGGUUAGGUGUGUUACUGGCGGAGACGGGCUCUACGACAGACCCUGCCACUCUACACUACGACUACAUCGAUGUAGAAACGACUGCAAACGUCAUCCAGCUGGCGAAGCAGUCGUUCUGUUUCACCAGUAAACGUGCCAUUUCCCCAAACCCGUACCUGGAUAACCCUCAGAACGGUUACGCUCGUCCCUCAGGUGUCGCUCUGCACUACGAUGAUGUGCCCUGCAUUAACGGAUCGGUAUGGUUUCACACACAUAAGGACCCUCAGCUCGGUUCUCCUGAGGCUCACUAUGAGAACGCUGAGCUCUAUGAGAACAUGCCUUCCCCCAAACUGGAAACUCGUUCUUCGUCCAAACUCAGCUGGCCACCAGCUUCCUCUGGCCAUUACAAAACGCCUGUCUCUUCUUCCUCAGCUUCCUCUUCCUCCUCUCAGAUGAAGGGAAAGAAAACCACGACUGUCAACGGUUUAGCUGCCAAACAGAAGCUGGAUAAGAACCAACCCAAAAAGCCCAACGGAACCAACGGCUCUGCUCCAAUCAAACGCAACAAUUCGAGUCUGGAUCAGUAUAAAUAUGGGAAGAACAGAGUGGAAGCGGACGCUAAGAGGCUCCAGGCGAAAGAGGACGAGCUGAUGAAAAGAAAGCAGGAGAUUCGUAACCGUCUCACACAGCUGAAGAAAGACAGGAGAGAUCUGCGCACAGCCGUCGAGAACAGCACCGGUAAGCGCUCUCAGGCUUCGCUGACAGAGCGGCUGAAGAAGGUAGAGGACGAGUGUAGACUGAAAGAGGAGGAGCGAGUGAACUUGGAGCUGGAGCUGACAGAGGUGAAGGAGAGUCUGAAGAAGGCUCUGAGUGGAGGCGUGACUCUCGGACUGACCAUCGAACCCAAGACCAGCAGCUCCAGUCCACAGUCUCCAGUGUUGAUCAGACGUACAGUGGACAAUUCUCCCAUCUCCAGCUGUGACACCAGUGACACAGAGACCUGCUCGCUGCCAGUCAACAGCGCCUCCUUACUGCGACGCCAAGUACCACAGAAAAACCCUCCAGUACGAGGCCAUGUGCUCAGGAAGGCCAAGGAAUGGGAGAUGAAGUCUGGCACGUAAACUUUCAGCUUCUUUUUUUUUAUUAUUGUUCUUGUUUUCCUGUUUGUUUGUUUGUAUUUAUUGAAAUUUGCAUACAGUAGAAAUUGAAAAGGAGUGGACUGAAGCAGAGACACAUGACAAGGCAGAACACAUGUGAGUGUAAGAUCAGGACGUGUGACAGGAGCUCGCUGUCCUGCAGUGAGUGGAGAUUAAACCCUUACAGGCUCAGAAUCUUUUGGCUUUCGGUUUUUGUUUGUUUCUCAGCGUUCUCUGGUCUGCUAACAACCGGCCGCCGUCCGGCAGUUUAUAGGAAAAAAAAAACUUUGAAAGUAUUUAUUUGUAAAUGUUUAAAUGCAAGCUUCUCUGUGUGUGUGUGUGUGUGUGUGUUUAUAUUUAAAGCUUUUUACAGCAUUUUAUUUGGCCUCAUGCCAGGUCAAGUUUUUUUUUUUUUGCUUUUGUGGUUUUAAUUUUUAAUUUUUUAUUUUAAGUGACUCCAUGUCCACGUGCCAAGGAAAAGCUGAGCUUUCUGAUCAUUAGGAUGUUUAAUUUAAGCCAAAUAUAUGAUACCAGAGAACAAUAAGAGAAGAGGAAGUUUGAGGGCGAAGCAUUUUAUGUGAAACAACUUGCUUGAAAAAGUUUGAAAACAUUUAAAGGUCAGAUGUAAGGAAUAAAACAUCUAAAAGGUUUCAUUUCUCUUAUACAACAUCUGUGUCCAUUUACAGUUACAGUUAACUCUGAGGUAACUGGUAGUUCCUCUCCUCACCGACUCUCUUCCUCUCCUCACCGACUCUCUUCCUCUCCUCACCGACUCUCUCCCUGUCCUCACCGACUCUCUUCCUCUCCUCACCGACUCUCUUCCUCUCCUCACCGACUCUCUUCCUCUCCUCACCGACUCUCUUCCUCUCCUCACCGACUCUCUCCCUGUCCCCACCGACUCUCUUCCUCUCCUCACCGACUCUCUUCUUGUCCUCACCGACUCUCUUCCUCUCCUCACCGACUCUCUCCCUGUCCUCACCGACUCUCUUCCUCUCCUCACCGACUCUCUCCCUGUCCUCACCGACUCUCUUCCUCUCCUCACCGACUCUCUCCCUGUCCUCACCGACUCUCUUCCUCUCCUCAUCGACUCUCUCCCUGUCCUCACCGACUCUCUUCCUCUCCUCACCGACUCUCUCCCUGUCCUCACCGACUCUCUUCCUCUCCUCACCGACUCUCUUCUUGUCCUCACCGACUCUCUUCCUCUCCUCACCGACUCUCUUCCUCUCCUCACCGACUCUCUUCCUCUCCUCACCGACUCUCUUCUUCUCCUCACCGACUCUCUUCCUCUCCUCACCGACUCUCUUCCUCUCCUCACCGACUCUCUCCCUGUCCUCACCGACUCUCUCCCUGUCCUCACCGACUCUCUCCCUGUCCUCACCGACUCUCUCCCUGUCCUCACCGACUCUCUCCCUGUCCUCACCGACUCUCUUCCUGUCCUCACCGACUCUCUCCCUGUCCUCACCGACUCUCUUCCUGUCCUCACCGACUCUCUCCCUGUCCUCACCGACUCUCUUCCUGUCCUCACCGACUCUCUUCCUGUCCUCACCGACUCUCUUCCUGUCCUCACUGACGUAUUCUCUCUUAAAAUUAAUACCAAUUAAACAUUAACCUUUAAUCUCCUGUCCUGCAGACGUCACAGAUUCUCUGACUGUUACGACACCGUAGACUCCUGCCAUAAACGUUAAACCAAAACAUUUGCUUUUUGGAGAAGUUUUUUCUGUCCGUUUAGAUUACAGAUUAUUAUGAGAUUAUGUCGUAAGGUUUCACCAACGAAACUCUAAUGUUACAUAAAGCUUCAGAGCUGCUGUUAAGGAAAAUGAAUCUGCACUUUCUGACCAAUCAGAAUCCAGCAUUCAGCAGCGCUGCGGUUUGGCGGUUAAACUCUGAUCCGCUGGUUAAAAAACAUUUUCCUAGUUUGCUCUGCUCACGCUGUCGCCAUGGUGACCGGCGUUCAGACGCCCUGCCCUCGAACCGUCCGUGUCAACGUAUGAUCUGAAAGCAGGACGUUUUUUCCGUAUGGUGGUGCAGUCGAGUCCCUGCUCCUCCUCCUGAGUCUGAGGGGAACAAAGCAACACUUGGUGCUUCAUAUACAAACAAAUAAUAAGCCUUUUUUUAGACUACUGCCAGCGCACUCGCACCUGAGGCACAUUUAUUCUUAUGGUCCAUACACAGCUUUGCAAUCGUUUAUUUAACAAACACAUUUUAGUCUGUGGAAGCAAAUGUAAAUAUCCUCCUGUUGACUGAUGUGAGUGCUGUGAGUGUGCAGUCUGCUUACGUGAGAGGAAACGUGCUCUUCAUCCUCUCGCAGGAAUCACAGUCACAUUACACAUGCGACAUUUCUUUCAGACGAGUUAACGACUUCUCUCCGUCUCUCCGUCUGAAGACCAGCAUCAGGAGACCAGCGAUGUCAGAAAUACAUGUGAACUGUAAUGAGUAGUGCUGCAGUGGGAAGGGUCAAAGGUUAAGAGUUAGGGUUCAGGGGUGGGUGGGGUUUAGAGAAAAAAAAAACUUUGUUUUUUUGCACCUUAAAGACUUUUUCUACUUUGUUUUUAUUUUGUAUCUGACUGUUGCUGACUCGGCAACUAUAACGCUGUACACACAAAUAAAACUGCAUUCAGACCUGA